AUGACGGUCAACGGCAACCACGCGACAAAUGGCGCCACUGCCUCCUCAUCUUCUCACAGUCCUCUUCAAAUCGAACCAGCCUCAGUCGAAGCCGCCCGUAUCCUUCCACAGGCUCUCGAACUGGUCCAAAACUUCAUCGCAUCAGGCGAGAAACCUCUGACCUUCGUCGCACCAUGGGGUAACAUCCCCGACUUCCGAAAAGCCGUCUCACUCAGUCUCCCCGAUACGGCCGACCCUACGGAUGACACCGCUCUUCUCGAAGCAAUCAAGCUCGUUUUUGACAAUUCGGUCAACCCAUGGACCGGCCGCUUCCUCGACAAGCUCUAUGCAGCGCCUACGCCUGUCGGUAUUGCAGCAGACCUGGUGCUGAGUGCGGUGAACGCCAAUGCGCAUGUGAUGUCUGCGAGUCCAGUGCUGAGUCUGGCGGAGGAGAGAUGCAUCGAGGGGUUGUGCGAGGUGUUUGGGUUUACAGAGAAGAAAGCUGAUGGGUUGACGAUGCCAGGUGGUUCAUCGGCAAAUACGUUAGCUGUGCAGACAGCAUUGGCGAACGUUUUCCCUAGAUUUAGGACGCAAGGAUUGCUAGGAGUAAUGCAGGGACUGUUGGAGGAAGGCAAAGCGACAAGACCGUUACUGUUCACUUCUGAGCAAUGCCACUAUUCGCUUGACAAGGCUGCAAUUUCGGCUGGGUUGGGACUGGACUCGGUAAUCAAGGUCGCUUGUGGCUCUACCGGACGCAUGAGUCCUGAAGCUCUCGACAUUGCCCUCACUCAAGCAAAAGAGCAAGGCACUGGAACACCGUUCCUCAUCAACGCCACAUCCGGUACCACCGUGCUAGGUUCGUUCGACCCUCUUCCCGAACUCUCCACCAUCGCGCGUAAACACAAUUGCUGGCUGCACAUCGACGCAUCUUGGGGCGGACCGAUCGUCUUUUCCCACCGUCGCCUCUACUCCAACCUCAUGAAAGGAAGCGAACUGGCUGACUCGAUCACCAUCAACCCGCACAAACUGCUCAAUGUACCUCUCCAAUGCACCUUCCUACUUGUCCGAGAUGCAGACACGCUGUCAGCAAACAGUUUGGACGCAGGCUACCUGUUCCACUCGAAAGACCGCCGUGAGAAUGCAGCGAUGAAGACGAUGGGAUGUGGACGUCGUGGCGAUGCGCUCAAGUUUUGGCUCUACUGGCUAAGGUAUGGCAAGGAUGGGUUCGGUGAGCACGUUGAUGCGGGAUUGGAUUUGGCGACGGAGUUGGUGGAGUAUAUCAGAACAAAGGAAGGAAUUGAGCUGGGACCUUUGGCUGAUCCGUUGUUCUUGCAGAUCUGUUUCAGACCGCUUCCGUCAGGUGCGAAAGGGGAAGCGAAGGGAGAGGAAGAGGUGGAGAAGAGAAGUGAAGCAACGCAGUUCGUUUAUGCCGAGUUAAAGAAGAGAAGUAUGUUUGCGGUCGAUUUCGCACCAUUGCCAAAUGCGAUUGGGGACUUUGUGAGGUUGGUGGUUCAUCCAAGGACCAAGAUGGAAGAUCUGAGGUCGUUGGUUGAUCAAGUUGGCGACAUUGGCGAGUUGUAUUGGAAGCAGGCCUGA